CUGGGGCCCUCUCCAAAAGUCCCUCUCCCUCCCUCCCCCACAACACCAAACUCCUGAGUUUACUGAAGACUCAGCCUGACAGCAAAAGAAACCAGCAGUAUUCUCAUGGGGAGAACCCUGGAUUUGUAGACCGUGAAGAGGAUGGAGAGGCACACGGUCAGGGGGCCACUGUAUACGCACUUUGACUUGGAGAGGAAGAGCGCCAAGCAGGCUGAAGCCAGACUCCGCCAAAGACUACAGAGACUAGAGGCUAUCUGCCUGUACCAUCUGAAGGUGCUGACGCGGGAGCAGAGACAGCUCCAAAAAGAACUGCUGAGGUUGCAGCAAGAUAUCAUCAAGAAAAAGUUCUCCUCUUAUCUUGGGAAUGGAAUUCAGAAAAGACUAGAAGAUGUUCUCGUGUUCUCACCACAGAGAGGGCAGAAGCACAGAGUUCCACAGGCUAAUAAAGCUAGAGCACCGGCAACCAAUAGGAACCAAAAAAUAUACAAAACCAAGUCCCAGAUGCCUCCUUUCCUUCACACUGGCCUCAAGGACCCCAUGAGAAGCAAAAAUCAAUCACUGACUCAAAAUGACAGAACUUCCCACUUCACAGAAGACAAGUCACAAGCCCAAGAGAAAGAUUCUAUAAACCCGCCGAAGAGCAAAGACUCCAACGAGGGCAUCUCUAUUCUGUGUCAAGAUCAAGAAGCCUCCACCCACACCCUAGACCAAGGCCCUGGUUCCUGCCCAGCUGGUGAUAGUAGAAUGGCACAUGUUGAUGAGACCAGAUCAAAAGAUGCCAACCAAAAGCCAGACCACAAUGCUAGAAAACAGAUUCCCCCGAAUCCCAUGGAACGUGCAGCAGACUUCAAAGGCAAGUCCACAGCAUCAACCUACUUAGAGUUGUUUGCAAAGGCCAGAAAUGCCCACUACCUCAGGCACAGGGUCCCUCCUGAGUCUGAGAGAUUGCUUAGCAUUGGAGAGAUAUUCGGGCACAAGGAAUCCUUAUGUCCAGAGCAGGAAAGGGGUGUGAGAACAGGGUGACCAUCUAAGUUACUUCCUCUCUAACCAUCUAAUAAACCUCAC